AUGGAAGGAGCAGGUAUUAUUGCCAGCUUAUUGCUGAAGUAUAUCGAAGCUCGUCAGUUGGUCAUGUUUGGAGGAAUGGUAGCGGCAUUAUCAGUGGCAGCGUCGGCUUUCGCUGUGAGUCCGGUUCAGCUUUUGAUCUUUUUCGGUAUCUUGAACGGCUUUGGCCAAAGCUUUUCAAGAUGCUUGACGCCUAUUGCAGUCACCUUUGCAUUCGAUGAUGCUACACGACAGAUUGGCAUAUCGCUACAAAACGUAGGGGACGGAGUAGGUGGCGUUCUUUUCCCAAUAAUUCUUGAGUCCUUGAGAGAAACUUACCAUUGGAGAGGUGCCGUGUUCAUUACGUCUGCGAUCGUUUUAAAUUUGGUAAUCGGUGGGGCCGUAGUGCAGAGAGGUCUUGGGGGCAACGGCAGCAAGCGUCGUUCGCAAAAUGAAAAUCAAGCAUUAGCAGAAGAUGAAGACGAAAUCAGUUGGUUCCCAAACGCUUUCCUCUUUUUCGUGAACCUCUUCUGCCACAGCUUCGGCUACUACAACUUCAACACGUUCAUUUAUACUUAUAUGACCGGUGUUGGCGUAUCGUCGUUCAAAGCCUCCAUCAUAUUUUCCAUGGUUGGAGGCAUUUCCAUCAUUGGCAGGCUCUUGGUGUCGCUUAUGGACAACAAGCGAGUGGCCAGAUGGCAGGUUUAUGCGGCCAUGUUUCUUCUGAAAGGCUUGUCGGUUAUGCUGUUCAAUCUGACUCCGACGUCUGGCAUGGAAGCCCUUUAUUUCGUACUUGCAUCCAUGUUUGGAUUCUCUGAUGGCGUCACCGGUGCGCUUGUUCCUUUGGUAUGCGUCGAUCUACUGGGUCUGAAGCGGAUGGCGUUAUAUUAUGGAAUUGAAGAGUUCUUUAUGGGCUUUGGAGCAAUGAACACGACGGACAAAUGGAGGGCAUCUGAGAGCAUGUUAAGAAAUUGCAACGUGGAUGACCCAAUGACAAUUGUUGGCCUUGUGAAGAAUGACACCGGCUUCAAAUUCACGAGCAAUGCGUAUUACCACACGUACGGCGUUCCGAUGGGCUCCUCGGUGAGUGUUAUUUUAGGUUCACGGUUGAUGGUGCAACCGCCUCGAUGCGCGAUUUUUAGCACGCAGCACCUGCUCGACCAGCCAAGUAUUUCGUUUGGCAGCUCGGCUGGGAAACUCGUUUGCAGAGGAGCGAAAAACUGCAAUGAUAGAGCUGAACUCGCUCUGUCAAGUUUGCCAACGAUUCGACUCAAAAGAGUCAGGUGCAAACCAGUCCAGUGGUCAAAAACGCUAAGAUCUAAGGUGGUGCCACCAGAGCAUUUGGGAAGCGAUGUCGUCGGUGAACAGAACACUGAACACCUUUGA